AAUCUGUCAGCGUUGUCUUGGUCAGAUGACUUGCUAGCUGAUGGUGAAAUUCAGGACAUUUCAUGUCAUGAGUAUGCUUUUGUGACUAGUCUUUUUUUGGUUUGUUAAUUUUUACAAGUAGUUUUGAAGAGGCGAAGAAGGAUGGGUUGUUGUUUUAGCAACGAAGAUGCUAUCAAUGGACAGGCAAGCAAAACAAAUGAAAGAACCCCAUUGUUAAAUGAUGGUACUAUGACCUCUCAAUCUUCAUAUCCACAGACUAUAAGUGAUGGGACAAAGGAAACCUCUGGUUCAUUAAACAAAUCUGAUCAACAAUCAAUGCUUAGUAGAAUCUUAAAUCAAACUGCCAAUAAUGUAAUUGAUGUAACAACAGUUGAACCUCACAGCUUAGAGAAAGGCGAAUUUUUGGAACGUGCAAAACAAUAUCAACAGUACAGUAACUCGUCAAGUAUUAUAACAUCAAGCACACCUCAGGGCUCUCUGCCCCCUGGCACAGCUGCACCACAAGUUGUAUUAUCAUCAGAACCUGUAUCAAGAGAUGAUAUCAAUUUGGUGAAAGAUUUCUCAGAACAAAUAGCGUCUGCGUUGAAAAAUUUUGAAGUCAGUGGCGGUGAACCAUUUGUCGUACAAUUUGGUGCAACUUGACAUUGAGAAGAUGAUAUGAGAGUAACCACGUGAUACCAUGAAUGAAUCAAAAUAUAAAACGUCAAAUGAACAAUGAACUCAUGUGAAUACCCACGCAUUGUGAGAAAAAAUAGUUGGCCUCAUUCGUAAAAUGAUAUUAGUACACGUUUUGUAUUUGUAUAAAAAUUAUAUUCAUUGUCCAAUAAUCUAUCAAUCCCAUUAACUACUUUUCAACGGCA